AUGGCCUCGGCAGUCGCCGGCUCGCGGGGCUCAUUCAGCACGCAUCCGCGGCUUAAAUGCUUCGGCUGUUCUGGAUCAACAACUGUGACUCUUUAUAGCUACACAUCAGCUGCCCUUCGCGCGUGCUUUCCACCCGACGAACACAUCAACUCAUUGGCUCUUCAGAAAUCGCCCUUUGACUACUUCGAGGAAGCAGGGAUAUCUCGUCCACUCCCGCCACUCGUAUCGAUCUCCACGGCUUCUCGCAUGCUUAACGCUACUUAA